AAAGAAGGGUCGAAUGACUAUGUGGAAAGCAGUGGAUUGAUUGAUUGAUUGAUUCUAAGGAAGGGCAAGCCGAAGAUAAAUUGAAGCAAUCCAAACCUCAUAAGAUUCAAGGCAAGACCAAGACUGAGAAGCCCUCUGAUCCUAAAAAUGUUUCUCCAGCUUUGGUGAAGAAAAGUAAAGAUGAAAAGAUUGCUAAGGAAAGGUUGACAGCUCCUAAUGGUGGUUCUGUUGCUGCAAAUUCUCGUAUGAAACAGCCUCUUAAAAGUAGAUCAUUGAAUGAAAGACAAGCUAACGGAUCCCAGCAUCCUGGAAAACCUGAUGCAGCCUUCUCUGAAGGCAAUAGAUACGGAGAAACCCAAGUUAAAGCCUCUGAAGAAAGAACCUCCAAAUAAAGCUGAAGGAGACACUGAGUUAUCAAGCCCCACAGCAGCUGAUGAUAAAGCUCAUAAGAUCGGUACUCUACCAAAUUAUGGUUUCAGUUUCAAGUGUGGCGAACGGACUGAAAAAAGAAAAGAGUUUUACUAUAAACUUGAGGAAAAGAUUCAUGCAAUGGAAGUAGAAAAGAGCAACUUUCAGGCCAAGUCUAAGGAAACUCAAGAGGCUGAGAUUAAGAUGUUUAGGAAGAUUUUGAACUUUAAAGCAACUCCGAUGCCAAGCUUCUAUCAGGAACCUCCACCUCCGACGUUGGAAUUAAAGAAGAUACCAACUACAAGAGCUAAAUCUCCAAAGCUUGGUCGGAUAAAAAGUUCCUCUACUUCAGAAAUUGAUGGUAACAGCAAUAACGUUCACCAAUCAGGCCGGCUAAGUUUGGAUGAGAAAGCAUCUCAGAGGAUAUCUGCCGAAGUAAUUUCUCAUGUUAAUGCAAAGAAGCCACAGAGGAAAUCACUUCCCAAACUGCCUUCUCAGAAGUUUACUUUGUCCAGUGCAAAGAAUGAAGAUCCGAAGCAUCCUAUCAGGAAAAGGCGACUGAAUCAGAAGCAACAACCGAGGGAAAGAAAGCCUCAACUAAAGAAACAAACGAGGAGAACACCACAUCAUCUGAUUUGACAAAUGAGGAAUUAUCUCCAGUCCAACAGCCGGAGGCAGUGUCGACUGCUGAUUCAGGUGGAAGUCGGCCUGAGAAGGAUCGAGGGCCGAUGAUUGGAGAGCAAGGGCAGCUGGGUUUGGAAUAAGAACCAAU